UUGUAUCAUCUUGAAAUGAGUUUUUUUGAAGUAUACAAUGAGAAAGUUCAUGAUUUGCUUGUCUUUAAAGCUGAAAGUGGACAGAAGAAACAACCACUUCGUGUAAGAGAACAUUCAGUGUUAGGACCAUAUGUGGAAGGUCUGACAGUGAAUGUUGUCAAUUCUUACUCUGAUAUCCAGAGUUGGCUUGAACUAGGAAAUAAGCAAAGAGCGACAGCUGCUACAGUAAUGAAUGACAAGAGCUCUAGAUCUCAUUCUGUUUUCACCCUUGUCAUGACACAAACCAAGGUAGAAUUUGUGAAUGAAGAACAAUGUGAUCGUAGGCUUACCAGUCACAUAAAUCUGAUUGAUCUAGCUGGCAGUGAAUGCUGCUCAACAGCUCAGACCACUGGAGAAAGGCUGAAGGAGGGUGCGAGUAUCAAUAAAUCACUGUUGACCCUUGGAAAGGUUAUUUCUGCACUCUCUAAACAAUCUCAAAAUGGAAAGAAAACUUUCAUUCCUUACCGGGAAUCUGUCCUUACUUGGUUGUUAAAGGAAAGUCUUGGUGGAAAUUCACAAACUGCUAUGAUUGCCACAGUAAGUCCAGCUGCCAGCAGUAUAGAGGAAACACUCAACACGCUUCGCUAUGCAAAGGAAGCUUGUUCAAUUAUCAAUGUUGCUAAAGUAAAUGAAGAUGUGAAUGCCAAGGUAAUCAGAGAAUUGAAAGCUGAAAUUGAAAAACUGAAGGCAGCUCAGAAAAGAGCUGUGAACACUGACCCUGAGAAGUACAGAUGUUAUUUGAAGGAAAUAACAUCUCUGAGAAUAAAAUUGCACCAGCAGGAGAAGGACAUGGCAGAAAUGCAAAGGGCCUGGAAAGAAAAAUUUGACCAUGCAGAAAAAAGGAAAUUAGAAGAUAUAAAAGAACUGCAGAAAGCAGGAAUUGCAUUCAAAAUGGACAAUCGACUACCAAAUCUUGUCAAUCUCAAUGAAGAUCCUCAGCUUUCUGAGGUGCUGUUGUAUAUGAUCAAAGAAGGAGAAACUACAGUUGGAAGGUGUACACCAAAUUCAAAACACGAUAUUCAGCUUUCUGGAGUGCUAAUUGCUGAUGACCAUUGUAUUAUAAAAAAUACUGUUGGCCAAGUGAGUAUUAUUCCACUGAGAGAAGCAAAGACAUAUGUAAAUGGGAAAUGCAUUUUAGACCCAACAGUUCUGCAUCAUGGUGAUCGUGUGAUCCUUGGGGGAGACCAUUAUUUCAGGUUUAAUCAUCCAGCAGAAGUUCAGAAAGUUAAAAGGCCAUCUUGUGGAACUAUGCUUUUGCAUGAGGGUCCAAAAGAUUUUGAGUUUGCAAAGAAUGAGCUGCUUAUUGCACAGAGAACACAGCUUGAAUCAGAAAUUGAAGAGGCACGUCUCAAAGCCAAGGAAGAAAUGAUGCAAAGUGUCCAAAUUGUGAAAGAGAUGGUGCAGCAAGAACUGACCUCGCAAAAAGAAGUUUAUGAAAGCAAAAUAAAAUCACUAGAAGCAGAGGUGAGAGAAGAAUCUCGUAAGAAACAAAUGCAAGAACUGAAUAACCAAGAAGCUGCAACUAAAAUACAGGAGCUAGAGAAGGCAAAGCAAAACCUGGAGCUAGAAUUACGCUUCAAUAAGAAGCGUUUAGAAAUGGAGACCUUGGCUACUAAGCAGGCUCUAGAAGAUCAUAAUGUUCGUCAUACAAAGAUACUUGAAGCUCUGGAAGCUGAGAAGCAGAAGAUUGCUGAAGAAAUACAUACCCUUCAGAAGAACCGUGGAAGUGGGAAUAAAAGUAUGAAUAUUCUACUUAACUGGAAUUCUCUGAAGCUAUCUAUGAUGAUCAAAGAGGCCAACACCAUUAGUAAUGAAGUAGGGCAAAACAUGGUUUUCUGCAGGCAUGACAAAGUUGAUGAUAAAACAGGAACAGUGUCUUCCGUUCAGGUGCAGGUUCGUAACAUCAAACUGGGAAUAGCAACUUUCUGGAGCCUAGAGAAAUUUGAAUGUAAACUGGCAGCAAUGAAAGAACUCUAUGAGAGUAAUGACAGCAGUAAAGCUGCUGAUGUAUUUUAUGACCCUGCUGAUGAGUGGGAACCUGACCUUUCAGAUGUCUCAGUUUCUUCUCUUUCCAGAAGAAGAAGUAGAAGUUUCAUGAAGAACAAGAGGAUUUCUGGAUGUUUGUCUGAAAUAAAAUUGCAACCAGUUCAGAAUGUACAGAGUUCCUUUAUAUCAGGUUCACAGAACAAGUCCAGCAUAUGCCCAGGAUUUUCUGAGUCAUCUCUUCUUGGAAUUUGCAAAGAAUCUAUAUGUUCAGCUUUAGAUUUAUUGGAAGAGAAUCAUGAAGGAGGAAAAAGCAUAGUAGAUAGUCUCCUAACUGAUUUGUUUAUCAUUUUCUCUGGGGUGUCUGCCAUUUCAAAAGCCUAUGAGCAGCAAGAUGAAGAAAGUCAAGGAAACUUUUUCUCUCUUGAUCAUACUGCUCAGUCCUACAGCAUCAAAAUCAUCUCUGCUUUUCAACGGCUUGUGGUUUUAACCAAGCUCUGGUUUAACACCAUCCAAGAGUGUCCUGGACCUAUAAAAAAUGAUCAAAAAGUAAAACAGGAAGUAAGAAACUUGGGAGGUUAUUUACAGUUACUAUUGCAGGGAUGUUCUUCAGAUAUAUCCUUGAUGGUAACAGAAGCAUGGAGCAAAGUAAAUCAAACAGUAAAACAAACAAUUAAAUAUGUAGGACACUUGGCAGUAGUCACAGGAACUGAUAUUUCAUUUUCUGAAGAAAACAAUGUUCCUUCAACCAGUCUGCAGGUAAAAAAGGACUUUAUACUUGCCAUUUAUGAUGGAGUAGGCUCAGGGCUGGAGUUUCUCAUUGAUAGAGUACAGGAAAAAGCAAGAAUGGUGCAAAAACAACUUGGGAAACUAUGUCCACAAAAUGAGAUUCAAAAUCGAAUCAAAGAUAAUGCUGUGGCAUUAGCCAUGUUCCUUGAAAAUAACAUCUCUUAUGGCAGAAAGAAAGAAAUAGAACCUCAAUUAUCACAAGAAUCUCUGUAUCAGGAAAUAAAGAGAAGUACUGACAUUGCUGCAAAAUAUUUGGAAUUGGAGCAGUGCCUAGCUGGAGUCUGCCAAAUUGUUUUUUCCAUGUUCCAAGGAUCAUACAGAAACACAAGUCCUCUCAGGAGCUUUGCAGAAAAGAUUUCUGUCGUAGCUGGGUAUUUUAACAACCAUUCCAAUAUAUUUGCCUUGUCUUCUACUUCUGCAAACAAUUCUAUCCAGAAAAUACCUAUGCCUUUUAUGAACUUGGAUGAAUUGGAGUCUCUUGUUGAUUCCCUCCUUAUGAAUUAUGAACUUGAACAAAGACAGCCAUUACUGAAAACUCAAAUUCUUUGUAAUGAAACUACUGAGACUCAAGGAGGACAGGUUGAAACAAGUGAAGAUGACUUUGCUUGGAAAACGAUGGGGAUUCCAAAACACACACACAAACUCCAGUCUUCACAUACCUUUCCUGCAGAGUUUCCACCUGCUAGGAUUCAGUGGGUAUAAAAUGCCAUUAUUGAGAAAUUCAGGGAAAGCCUUUCCCUUAACAGGAAGGGAAAGCAACACAUCACAAACCCCUGAAAUUUAUUGCUGAUAUUAUUAGUAAGGGUUAGGAAAGUAA